CUCCUUGAGUCAGUCAAACUUUUUAGCGGCGCGCGUUCGGACGUUUACGAAACGGUUUAUAUAAAUGUUGCGCUACUAAUUUCGUAACCGAUACCAAGAUGAGCUUGAGUCGGCUGUGGGCUGCGAAGGAGCUGGUGAAAGUGAGUGUUGCGACAGUGAGGCCUUGCAGCCGGGGGUUCAGUACUACCGGGGAAAGACGGGGGGUUGUGCAACAGAACACCAAGCCGGACUGGAACAGAGCUGUCAGCGAGGCGGAGAAGAUCGUGGGGUAUCCCACCUCCUUCCUCAGUCUAAGAUGGGUUCUGAGUGACGAGAUAGCCAACGUAGCUCUGCACCUGAGGAAACUCGUCGGAAGUAACCAUCCGCUGUUGAAAACGGCCAAGAACCUGCUGUAUAAUGGCAAGAACAAUAUGCAGGCGUGGGGGCUGAUCGUGCUGCUGGUGUCGAAGGCGGCGGGCCACAGCCGCGAGAUACCCGACCUGGAGCAGGACAAGGCCGCGGGGGUGCUGCACAGCCAGCGGGCGCUAGCCGAGGUCACCGAGAUGAUCCGCACCUCCCACCUGGUCCACAAGGGGCUGGUGAACAUGAACUGUGCGGCGCUGGCCAACGACGACACCGUCUUCGGGAACAAGAUAGCCCUUCUUAGUGGAGACUAUCUCCUGGCUAACUCGUGUACCGAGCUCGCUAAUAUGAGAAAUCAAGAGCUGGUCGAACUGAUGUCCUCAGCAGUCCGAGACCUAGCAGAGUCGGAGUUUCUCGGGGAACGGGAUGAGCAGAACAACCCACUGCCGUCUCGGCCGCUGCCGAUAGACCAGAGGGAGCCUGCCUCAGAAUGGGACUGCAUCCUAUCGCCACUCCCAAUGACCGGUGUAACGGGGUGCGGGCCGCGGGAGUGGGCUGCGCGGAACGUGCUAGCGGCUGGUGCGCUGCUCGGCAAGAGCUGUUCCGCCGCGUUGAAGCUGGCUGGACACAAACCUGCUUUCCAGACACAGGGUUACCUCUUCGGCUGUCACCUAGCGCUGGCAUGGCAGGCGUUUUUGGACUUGGAGGCUUUCACGGGCCCGGAGCCGAGGAGUUUCUCGCUGGUCGGCGCCCCUCUAGCCUUUACCUUGGAAGCUCGUCCCGAACUAUAUUCCUACAUAGAAGCCGGACGCAAGAGCGUAGAAGAUGUUAACUAUCAUGCUCUAUACGAAGCCGUGAUGUCCGGCGACGGCAUCACGCAGACGAAGCAGCUUCAGCGCGAGCACAUCGGCCGCGCGUGCGCCGUGCUCGACAGCUUCCCCGACUGCGACGCGCGGACCGCGCUCGCUAACAUCAUCGUCGCUAUGGACCCCUAGCGGAUGUAUUACUCUAAUAUAACAUUAAUAGCACUAAGAGUCAUAUAAUGAUUGAUUAUUGUACUCGUUCAGUCACGCUACACAUUUGGUUAUAAGACUUCGUAGGUCGUCCACAGACACUAAACUUGGAAUUACCGUAAUUAUUUGUUAAUAAAAACUAAAACACGUGCCUGCUUUAAGAUUAUAAUUUUAAUAGAACUCCAAGGAGGUGACGGCAGAAGGAAGUUAAUAAGCGCCCGCGGUACUCUCUGAACAUAAUGUUCUUAACAUACUAAUAAUUAUUAUUAUAAUUACCUAUAAAUUAUGUUAAGAGCGUUUACAUCUAAUUUCGAGUUUCCAUACAAACCUGCGGCGGACUAUUUGAAUUGUUUUGCGCGCAGCGAU